AUGCGAUCCCUCAUGAGCUGCUACCACUUCCCCUGGCUGCUCCUCCUAGCCCACACGAGUCAAGCACUCCUGCACGCCUCGGAAACCCCCCAGCGCCUCACCCUCUCCAACGACCGCCUCACGGCCUCCGUAAAUAAAAGCACCGGCGCAAUCGACGCCCUGUCCCUAGACGGCCAAGACCUCCUCGGGACCCCGUCGUCCAGCAACCCGGCUGUCGGCCCGUAUCUCGAUUGCUACUGCAUCCCCGGCGGCAAUGGAGCGUAUACCCCGGGAUCCAUGGACGCGCGAUACCAACUCCUGACCGCAUCAGAUAAUCCCUCCUGGGUCGGCAUCGUCAUGAGCGAAAUCUACCCCCCGACAGGCCAAUUAUUCGAACAAUACUGGUUCCUGCGCGACGAGGAGACGGGUCUCCACACGUUCAGUCGGCUGGCAUACCACAACAGCAGCACGCGUUUCGUCAGAAAUCUAUCCGAAUUUAGAACGCUCUUCCGGCCCAACACGCGCCUCUGGACGCAUCUCAGCACGAACGAGAAGACGUUCGCUCCGCUUCCGGAUCACAAUCCCGCCACGGGGGACCUGGAGGAUGCCGUGAAGGUGCAAGACGCGACGUGGUACCUGCGCAAUCGCUCCGAUCCGUACGUGCAGGGCAUGAGCGAUUACUUCACCAAGUAUACGUUUUCCGAUUCCUGGCGCGAUCACCGCGUCCACGGGCUCUUCGGCUCCAACGGCACGACGGCGGCGACGUUCGGUGCCUGGUUCGUGAUGAACACGCGCGAUACGUAUUUCGGGGGCCCUCUGCAUUCGGACCUGACGGUCGAUGGGUUCGUGUAUAAUUACCUCGUGUCGACGCAUCAUGGGGAUCAGACGCCGAAUAUCACGGAUGGAUUCGAUCGGACGUUUGGACCGGGAUACUAUUAUUUCAAUUCGGGGCCGGGAGAUGCGAGUUUGCAGGCGUUGAGGAGCGAUGCGCUGAGGUAUGCGGAUCCGGAUUGGAGUAGGGACUUUUAUGAUGAGAUUGCGGAGUUUGUUCCUGGUUAUGUUCCGUCUUCGGGGAGAGGGAGCUGGAGAGGCAAGAUCGAACUUCCCCAGGGCUCCACGAGGCCCGUGGCAGUCCUAUCCCAGAGUGGCGUCGAUUUCCAGGAUAACGUGGCAAAUACCAGUGCGUAUCAAUACUGGGCAGACAUCGAUACAACGACGGGCUCUGUAUCCAUCUCCCAUGCCAAGCCCGGCCUAUAUCGCUUGACCGUUUACGCCGAUGGGAUCUUCGGCCAGUACGAACAAGACGACAUCCUCAUAUCCGCGGGACAAGAGACGACCACCGUUGCAGCAUGGCGAGAAGAAGCAGCCGGCCAAGAAAUCUGGCGUAUCGGGACUCCAGAUAAAUCGUCAGGGGAAUACCGUCACGGCGACCAGCUGGAUCCCACGCAUCCUCUCCAUCCCGAAGAAUACCGCAUCUACUGGGCCAUCUAUGACUACGUCGACGAUUUUCCCGAAGGCGUGAGAUUCGAGAUCGGAAAGAGCGACGAGGUUCGAGAUUGGAAUUAUGUGCACUGGAGCGUCUUUGGCGGAUCCGGCAAUUCCAUCCGUAGGCAACCGCAUUAUGGCGAUGGCAAUGUGAACAACUGGACAAUCCUCUUCGAUGUUUCCGGAGAUCAACUGCAGCGGAAGAGAGAGGCGACAUUCACGGUGCAGCUUGCUGGGGCCAAAACAGCGGCGGGAAAUACGGAUACCUUUAAUGCCAGUCAGCUGUAUUCCGACUUGCCGUACACUGUGGUGGUGAACGGGCAUGCGCUUGAGCCUUGGAUCAUUCCGUAAGUCCUUCUCCUUCUUCAACAGCAAGUCGCAAACAAUGCAUGGAAUGUCCAGCUGAUGAUCGGCACGCACAGGUACUACCAGAGCAGCUCCUGCGCCGUCAGAUCCGCCGUGAGCUGUUACAACCUCGCGCACAAAUUCGUGUUUGAUGCUUCGUUGUUGACCGUCGGCAAGAAUGCGCUCGUCCUCCGUCUCCCGUUCAAUGGGACGGACUAUGAGUCGGCGAUUCUAUCCCCAUCGGUGUACGUCCAGUACGAUGCUCUACGACUAGAGGUUCGAUAG